GAGUUAAUGAAUAGCAAGAAUAUGAGCAUCACUUAGUGACCUUUGCUGCUCAUGGUUAGCUUUUCAUUUCACACCAGGCGAUCACGUUUGACUGGUGAGACAAAUGUUUAUCUCUUUGACUUCUAGGAGCAGCAGCUUAUGGAAUGACAAUGUAGUGACAAAUCUCCCUGGAUUCAAGAAAUGUAAAGCUGCAAACCUCAACAAGAAUAAGUCUGAAUCCCUCUGAAACGCCUCAUCGUGGUUACUCCUUGGAAAUGUCACUCACUAGAAAGCUACGAAGACUUCAACCACACCUUCUGCGGGUUACUGGAAUAUUGGUAUCGCUAUGUAUGCUUUCCUUACUCAUUGCCUCAAGCGUAGAUUGGGAUCCUGCCUACCGCUUCACCUACAGCUGGUUGGAGUAUACAGAUGCUGAUGGCAGCCCUGAAGCUGUUUGCAACUGUUCAGCAAUCCUGCAGGGAGAUGAUCAAGUGCUGGAGCACACCAAGUUGCUGACCUUCACUAAAGACUUCAAGAAGCGCGUCCAGAUCCCUGAUGAGUAUUAUAUUAAUGCCACCCAGGACUGCAGGAAGUUCAAGUUAAGCAGAAAAUACAUAACUUUCCCACUAAGUGAGGAAGAGGAUAACUUCCCCCUGGCCUAUUCUAUGGUUGUUCAUCAUAAGGUGCAGAACUUUGAACGCCUGCUGCGAGCCAUCUAUGCACCUCAGAAUGUCUAUUGUGUCCAUGUGGACAAGAAGGCCAAGGACUCAGUCUUCGCUGCCAUCAUGGCCAUCACUUCCUGUUUCCCUAAUGUCUUCAUGGUCAGCCGGCCGGUGGAUGUGGUCUAUGCUGCCUGGCCACGAGUCCAGGCUGACCUCAACUGCAUGGCUGAUCUCUAUAAUGCCAGCACAACGUGGAAAUACUUCAUCAACCUUUGUGGCCAGGAUUUCCCUUUGAAAACCAACCUGGAGAUUGUGAGGAGCCUACGUUCACUGAAUGGCAAGAACAGCAUGGAGUCGGAGCAAAUGCCCAGCGGGAAGAAAUGGAGAGUGGAGCGCGCUCAGCGGAUUGUGGAUGGACAGAUACAAGACACAGGGCAGACGAAAAGCCCCGCACCUUUCAACUUGCCCAUCAUGUCAGGAAAUGCCUACAUUGUGGUUAACCGAGGCUAUGUCCGCAGCGUGUUGGAGGACAGCCAGAUACUGGCGCUGAUCGAGUGGGCUAAAGACACCUACAGUCCUGAUGAGUUUCUCUGGGCUACCAUCCAGCGGAUGCCCCAUGUUCCUGGUUCAUUGUGGCCCAGCGCCAAAUACGACCAGACAGAUAUGACUGCUAUUGCACGGUUAGUGAAGUGGGCGUGGCAUGAGGGGUCAGAGGGUUUACUGGAGGCUGUGUAUCCAGUGUGUCAUGGAAACCAUGUCAGGUCAAUAUGCGUGUAUGGUGUUGGGGACCUGCAGUGGAUGAUUGGGCAGCAUCACCUCUUUGCCAAUAAAUUUGAUACAGACAUGGAUCCCAUUGCUAUUUACUGUUUAGAGAAGUAUCUCAGACAUAAGGCACUGUCAUCGUAGCCAUUGGUGAGGUCUGAUACAAAGGUACAGGACUCAUUUUACGAGUAUAACAGAACUGUGUGUCUCUUUUUUUUGGCUUUUUACCAAUUUAUACUCAGGGCCAGAUUAUUUUAGAUAAAAAUAUUCAAGGACUGUACAUAAAUACAUUUGAUGUCUUUGAACUUGUUACUUUUAUCUCAGUACCUGAAUCAUCAAGUACUUUACCUUCACUGAGAUUUUUAGAGGGCUACACAAACACAGAUAAGGCAUGUCCCUCAUUCAACUUUAUUGGAGUCAUAGCAUUAACUUCAUGAAUUCAAAAUAAUUCCCAUUUAUACCCCCACACCCUCACCACACCUCUACAUGUGAUACUGUGAUACACUAUCUGGACAAAAGUGUUGGGACACACCUCUUAAUCAUUGAAUUCAGAUGUUUCAUUCAGACCU